AUGUCUGCAUCAUCGACUACUGCUGCUGAUCACUCAGUAAAGAAGAGAAAAACGUCAUCAAAUUUUGAUGGAUCAUUGGAAGUGUUUGAAAAUGAUCAGAAUGAAAAGUUGAUCGAUGAAAUUUCCGAUGCAUUGCAUAGAUUGUCCCUCCAGAAGCAAACUGAGGAAAUGAUCAAGAAAUUGGUAGAGCAAAAGGAUCAAAGUGUUCUUAUUGUUGCUGGUAGUGGUGAUGAGACCAGUGAUAAAUUGGAAACACUCCAGAAAAUGCAACAGGAAGAGAUGGUUGUGCUGAAAGUUGGUGGUAAAUUCUUUUAUACAACAAUGAAAACCUUGAUGGGUGAAAGAGGUAAUACUCAAGUUCAAACAAAGAAAAUUAUUAUUGCUGAUAAAGUUGGUAAAGCAACUGGUGCUGGAAAGAAGGGAGGAGAAGAUGAAGAAGAAAUGGAAGAAGGAGGUGGUGAUGAAAUGGAAGAUGAAGGACCAAAAGAAGACGGUAUCUCAUCACUUGAAUAUGUUUGUGCUCAAGAUAACUUGUUUAAAGUCAUGUUUGAUUCUGGUUUUGGUAUUGAAAGAGAUGAAGCAAACAAGUCUGCAAUUUCAUUCCCUGACAGAAAUCCAGAUUAUUUCGAAUAUAUUUUAGAACAUUUGAGACAAGGUGGUAAAGUUAAAUCUUUGGGUAUUGAAAAGUUGAAUGCUGACGAAUUGGAAAAUAUUUUAGAAGAAUCAAGAUAUUUUGCAACUGAAAAGUUAUCAGAAUAUAUAUUAUUCUUACUUGACAAGUAUCACAAAUAUGAUUCAAAUUUAUCUAAUUAUGCUGAAAUUGAAGAAAUUUUGAAUGAUUCUGUACAAAAUUUGAAAAAGGUUGAAAUUCCACUCGAACAAAUUCAACAAAGACUCAGAUCAUUUGAAGAUUCAAUCAACGAAUCCAAGAAGAAUGUUAGUGAAUAUUCCCGCAAAUUGGUUGAACAAUAUCAAAACUUUAUUUUAGGUACUGAUUCAGAAAGUGAUUUAUCUGUCAAGAUUGAUAUUUCAGGUCAAAUUUUCACAAUUCCAUUCACAAGUUUGAGAAAGUAUGAGAAUUUCCUCCUCUCAAAGUACAUCUUAUCACCAAGCUUUUGUUUAAAUGAAAAUGGUUGUGUAUUUAUUGAUAGAAAUCCAAAGUUAUUUGCCCUUAUUCAUGGUUACAUUAUCAGUGGUGGUAAAUUUAAUCAUUUCCCAAAGAAUCUUUCACAAGAAAAGAAACUUCAAUUGAAACAAGAAGCUGAAUUCUAUGGUUUGACAACACUUGUUCAAGAAUAUCUUGAUCCACUUCGUUAUCCAGUUGAAAAGAUUGGUAAAGAUAACAUUGAAUUGAAAGAAACUGAAGAUAAAUUGAGAGAAAUCUUUGCAAAGGAAAGAGAAUCACCAUUGUUGAAUGACCCAUACCUUUUAUUAUCACCUCUCUUCCAAAAUUUAGAAGAAAUUAAGAAUCAAGAAAAGUAUAGAAUUGAUAUUGGUCACUGUCCAAAAUUAUUAGAUUUAACAGAUAAGACUAGAUAUUCUAGACAAGUUUCUAAACCAAGACUUGUUAAUAAUUUGAAUGGUUUCAAAUUGAAUUGGCAUAGAUUCACUCAAGGUGCUUUGGAUGGUCUUGAUUGGAAUAAUGUUUUUGCUGCUGGUGGUGGUAUUCUUGGUUGUUGUUUGAAAGAUGAUAAUUUUGAUAAUAAUACUGCAGUAUCAACAAUUUAUCCAACUUCUGUUAAUGAAAGAACUGAAACAAAUACUUCAAGAGCAGUAUCAGUCAUUGAUGAUGAAAAUGAUGAAAAUGAAGCUGCUGAUUUUGGUUUUUGGAGAAGAUUCUCAAAAAAGGCAACAACUAAAUCUACAGGUGAAGAAGGAGAGGAAGAAGAACCAAAACAAAAGCAAGAAGAUGUUAUUAAGUAUCCAAUUGGUAGAUUCCACAAUUUGGAUUCCAUGGGCAAUUCAUCACUGUAUAGUCAGUAUAGAUCUGUUUCUUAUGCUUCUCGAGAUCAAAGAAGAGCUCGUAUCUCUGAAAAAGCAAACUCAUUCUUUAACACAGAGGCAAACAAGGAAAAUAUUCGUUUUAUACCAGAUCCUAACAUUCCUGCCCCAUUUAAGAAAUCAGAUAUCGAUCUAUUUCUGUAUGCUUUGAGCGAAGAAGAAGCUGAAGAAAAGAUUAAGCAUAUUUAUCAAACUAUCAAGAAGAAUAUGGGCAGAAGAUUAUUAAUGAAUUAUGCUGGAGAUAGCUUGAGCUCUAAAAGUAGAUAUUUUGGCAGACGUAACAAUAAUAAUAAGGAAGAGAAAAAUACUCUCUUUGAAGAUGGUAUUAUUAGAACUGAACAAUCUACAGGUGUAAAUGAUGAUGUUCUGGUUGUUAGAACUAAAUUUGCUGUCACAUUCUAUUGUUACAAACUCAGACCAAUUCAAGUUGUUUUGAGAAUUUACAAAUCACCUGCAGAAGUUUUGUUAGGUUUUGAUAUUGAUUGUGCAACUAUGGGUUUUGAUGGAAAUCAAGUUUGGUCAAGUGCAAGAGCAAGAAGAGCUUUAAUGUAUCAUACUAAUCUUGUUGAUGUUGAUAGACAAUCUACAACUUAUGAAUAUAGAUUAUACAAGUACAGUAAGAGAGGUUUCUCUGUUUCAAUUCCAGGUUAUGAUACUGCUAAAGUUCAGAAUCAAUUGUUACAAUAUCCACGUAGAUUUCAAUUCAUUUCAACUGAAUAUUUAUUGCACGGUUUAGCAAGACUUAUUGGCUUUGAUAAUUCUUGUCGUGCCAAGGAUCCAAAACAUAUUUUAGGUAUUUAUGAUCGUGAUUUGGAUGUAGCUCAAUUAAAAGAGGAAAACAAGGCCCUCAUCCUUUCUGGUGAAUUGAAUGUCAAGUCAGAUUAUCUUGAUUUGAAUGUUAUCAAAUCAUACAAGUAUCCUCCAAGCUUUAUCUUUGAAACUUUGGAAAAGACACGCAAUAUUGUAUCUAUUAUUAAUUUAAAGACAGAAGAACCUUCAAAGCCACUGACAGCAAUGACUUGGAGACAAAAACAUGAGCAAAGAAGAAAGGCAAGAAAAGAAUUCAGAAGAAACGAAAGUGUUAAAUUUGAUAGUAGAUUGAAAAAUAAUAGUACAGAUAUCAAAAUGGAAAGAGAUCCAGAUUGGAAACCUCACUUUAUUUAUUCUUUGAAUGAUAUUGAUACUAUUCUCAAUAGUGAAAAGUUUGAUUCCAGACUCUCCAAGAAACUUCAAUUCCUUACAGUUGAUCCAGGAACUCAGAAAAUUGGUUCCUUCCAUCCUAAGGAUAUUAACUUUUAUAGAGAUGCCUAUCAACCAAUUCCAUUCACAAAAUUGCCAGUUUUAAAGGAAAUUAAGGCAAGAAGUAUUUGGUUCAAGGCAAUGACUGAACAACCUCCACAACAAGUUCUUGACGAAAGAGAAAAACAAAAAAAGGAAAAUCCAAACAAAUACGGUUAUUAUGGCCACCAUAAGGAUUACACUAAGGAUCCAUUCGAAGAAAGAUAUCAACAAUUCUCAAUGUCUAGACCAAAUCCAAGUCCAACAACCAGAUAUGACAAGUGGAUUCAAGAAGAAAUUUGGUUUGAAACAUUCACACCAGAAGAAAGCAACAAGAUUGAACAAGAGUUUAGAAAGUUUAUUGUUUAUGGAAAUCCUGAAAGUUUUGCAAUUUCACCUUCUGAAAUUAUUGAUUUCUCAUAUUGGAAACUAUUCCACGAUAGUAAUCAUCCAACCAAUCCAAAUAGUGUUAUUACCUUGCAUAGAAAGAGCUUUUACGAAUAUCGUGACUAUCGUAAUGAUGACAGAGAAGAGGAAGUUGUUGGCAUUGCAACACUUUCCUACAGGUCUUUCUAUUAAAAUUCCCAAAUUAAAGA